CUGCCAGGUGCCUCUAGAGAACAUCUGGUUCGAGCAGUCGAGCAAGCACCCUUCACCAUGCCGGCUUCCUGUCAAGAUAUCAGGAACGCAUUGGCCCAAUGCCUCCAAGAAUCCGAUUGCAUCAUGGUUCAACGGCACAGCCCGCGCGAGUGUCUCAGUGACCCGCACGUCGACCAGCUGCCUAUGCGAUGCCAGCAGUUGAAGAAGGGCUUCAGCGAGUGCAAACGCGGGUUGAUCGACAUGCGCAAGCGAUUCCGCGGGAACCAGCCCAUCUCGGUGUCGACGGAGCUCGAGGGCGGCAGCUCCGGCAAGUCCCAGCAACUCUACGCCGGAAAGCCUGCGUUCGAGACGGUCAAGGAGAUCAGUGGAGAUGAGGUCAAGAUGGAUCCCGAGAAGACGAGAGGUCUGUGAGUGAGAGACGGCGAGCGGUGGUGGAAAGAGCCGGGGCCAGGGGGGUACAAAGUUGUUGUCGUUGUAACAACCCUCUCCCCUCUCUCCCUUAUCUUGGCAUUUGUAACGUGGAUUUCUUCGUUAUACUACUCUCCCUCGGGAUCGAUUGCUCUACUCUAUUUGUGUUUUGUUAUAUAUACUGGCAUGGCUUGGAGUUGAUUGGAAGCUUUGGGAUUGUUAUCCCCUCUCAUGUGAUUACUAUAGGAUUAUACUGGAAUUGUAUUGUACAUACCUCCACAGAAGCUCC